AUGUGGAAACAAGGUAUCAUCAUCCCAAUUUUUAAACGUGGUAGCCGUUCGGAGCCCGUAAAUUAUUGCCCAGUGAUUCACUUCCCGGUGCUCGCAAAGGUGAUGGAGGCAAUCAUACCUGAGGCUGUAAUGGACUACUUUGAAAGGUCUAACAUCAUAGCACCGGAACAACAUGGAUUCCGUCAGCAUCGGUCGUUGACUACCAAUCUAGCAAUUACGCGUGGCGGUUGGACCGUGAUUGCUGAACCUGGGACUGACACCGACGUCAUCUACCUAGACUUUUUAAAGUCUUCGACC